AUGAUUAAUAUUCCUAUAACUAUUCAUAAAAAUUCAUUAUUAUUAAUUAAUAAAACACGAAAUAUAUGGAAAACACCGUUAUUAAAUAAAAAUGUUGUUGGGAAAUAUCGGUCAACAAAUGACAAUUCACAAUUGUUAACAUAUGAAAUGGCGAUGAGGCCUCAGUUUGUCGGUGUGCGUAAAGCUUGGCUAACCUGGCAUACACAAAAUCUUGAAAAUUUUAAAUUAAGACAAGGACAAACGAUCGGUGGUGCUCGAAAUGGAAUGUGGUCAUAUAUGAGUCUCUAA